GCUCCUACUCUCAGUUCUUCACGAAACACACGUACAGAAUAGUGAGGUGUCUCUGAGAUUUUUCUUUUGCUGCUCUAUUUUCUUGUAAAUUUUGGUGGCUAAUAUCCAUGGCUGGUAAAGGAGAGAGUCCGCCAAUAGGAAUUGAUCUGGGAACAACUUACUCUUGUGUGGGAGUUUGGCAACAUGAUCACGUUGAGAUCAUAGCUAACGACCAGGGGAAUAGAACGACACCAUCUUAUGUGGGGUUCACUGAUACUAAACGUUUGAUUGGAGACGCUGCCAAGAAUCAGGUCACCAUGAAUCCAACCAAUACUGUUUUUGAUUCUAAAAGGUUGAUUGGAAGGCGAUACAGCGAUGCCUCGGUGCAAAGGGACAUGAAACUAUGGCCUUUUAAGGUCAUUGCUGGCCCUGGCGACAGACCCAUGAUUGUAGUGACAUACAAGGGUGAAGAGAAGCAAUUCACCUCUGAGGAAAUCUCUUCAAUGGUCCUCAUGAAAAUGCGCGAGAUUGCUGAGGCGUACCUUGGAACCACUGUAAAGAAUGCUGUUGUUACUGUUCCUGCUUAUUUCAAUGAUUCGCAGCGUGGAGCUACAAUGGACGCUGGUGUCAUUGCUGGCCUGAAUGUGAUGUGUAUUGUAAAUGAGCCCUCUGCUGCUGCUAUUGCUUAUGGGCUUGAUAAGAAAGCCGGUAGUUUUGGUGAGAGGAAUGUGCUUAUCUUUGAUCUAGGUGGUGGCACUUUUGAUGUCUCUCUUGUUAACAUUCAAGAGGGUAUUUUUGAAGUGAAAUCUACAGCUGGAGAUACCCAUUUAGGAGGGGAAGAUUUUGACAAUAGGAUGGUGAACCACUUUGUUGAGGAGUUUAAGGGGAGGCAUAACAAAGAUAUUAGUGGUAACCCAAGAGCAUUGAGGAGGUUAAGGACCGCUUGUGAGAGGGCCAAGAGGACUCUUUCAUCCUCUGCUCAAACUACAAUUGAGAUUGAUUUCCUUUAUGACGGUGUUGAUUUUUACACAACUAUUACCCGAGCUAGAUUUGAAGAACUUAACAUGGAUUUAUUUAGGAAGUGUAUGGAACCUGUGGAGAAGUGCUUGAUGGAUGCAAAGAUGGACAAAAGCAAUGUCCAUGAUGUGGUUCUUAUUGGUGGGUCUACUAGGAUUCCUAAGGUUCAACAAUUGUUGCAGGAUUUCUUCAAUGGUAAAGAGCUUUACAAGAGCAUUAACCCUGAUGAGGCUGUAGCCUAUGGUGCUGCAGUUCAGGCUAAAAUCCUGAGUGGUGACGGUAACAAGAAGGUCAAGGACAUUCUAUUGCUCGAUGUCACUCCUCAGUCCCUUGGUUUGGAGACAGCUGGUGGCGUUAUGACUGUAUUGAUUCCAAGGAACACGACCAUCCCCAAGAAGAAAGAGCAGAUUUUUUCCACCUCUUCUGACAAUCAGCGUGGAGUGUUGAUUCAGGUCCAUGAGGGUGAGCGAGCUAGAACCCGUGACAACAAUUUGCUAGGCAAAUUUGAAUUAUCUGGCAUUCCUCCUGCUCCUAGGGGUGUUCCACAAAUCAAUGUCCGCUUUGACGUUGAUGCCAAUGGUAUUCUGAAUGUCUUUGCUGAGGAUAAAACAACUGGACAGAAGAACAAGAUUACUAUCACUAAUGACAGGGGCAGGCUUUCCAGAGAGGAGAUUGAGAAGAUGGUCCAAGAGGCAGAGAAAUACAAGUACGAGGAUGAGGAACACAGAAAGAAGGUUGAGGCCAAGAAUGCACUGGAGAACUAUGCUUACAACAUGAGAUUUAGAGAUGAGAAGAUAAGUGCAAAGCCAGCAAUCGGAAUUGAUCUAGGAACGACUUACUCCUGUGUGGGAAUUUGGCAACAUGAUCAUGUUGAGAUCAUAGCUAAUGACCAGGGUAAUAGAACAACACCAUCUUGUGUCGCAUUCACUAAUUCUGAACGUUUGAUAGGAGACGCUGCUAAGAAUCAGGUCUCUAAGAAUCCAACAAACACUGUUUUUGAUGCUAAGAGAUUGAUUGGAAGGCGAUACAGCGAUGCAUCGGUGCAAAGGGACAUGAAACUAUGGCCUUUUAAGGUCAUUGCUGGCCCUGGUGACAGACCCAUGAUUGUUGUGAAGUACAAGGGUGAAGAGAAGCAAUUCGCCUCUGAGGAAAUCUCUUCAAUGGUCCUCAUGAAAAUGCAAGAGAUUGCUGAGACAUACCUUGAAACCACUAUAAAGAAUGUUGUUAUUACUGUUCCUGCUUAUUUCAAUGACUCGCAGCGUCAAGCUACAAUGGACGCUGGUGUUAUUGCUGGCCUAAAUGUAAUGUGUAUUAUAAAUGAGCCCACUGCAGCUGCUAUUGUUUAUGGGCUUGACAAGAAAGCCAGUAGUUUUGUUAAGAAGAAUGUGCUUAUAUUUGAUCUAGGUGGUGGCACUUUUGAUGUUUCUCUUCUUACUAUUGAAGAGGGUACUUUUGAGGUGAAAUCCACAGCUGGAGAUACCCAUUUAGGAGGGGAAGAUUUUGACAAUAGGAUGGUGAACCUCUUUGUUAAGGAGUUUAAGAGGAGGCAUAAGAAGGAUAUUAGUGGUAACCCAAAAGCAUUGAGGAGGUUAAGGACCGCUUGUGAGAGGGCCAAGAGGACUCUUUCAUCCGAUUCUCAAACUACAAUUGAGAUUGUUUCCCUUUAUGGCUGUAUUGAUUUUUACACAACUAUUACCCGAGCUAGAUUUGAAGAACUUAACAUGGAUUUAUUUAGGAAGUGUAUGGAAUCUGUGGAGAAGUGCUUAAGGGAUGCAAAGAUGGACAAAAGCAAUGUCCAUGAUGUGGUUCUUAUUGGUGGGUCUACUAGGAUUCCUAAGGUUCAACAAUUGUUGCAGGAUUUCUUCAAUGGUAAAGAGCUUUACAAGAGCAUUAACCCUGAUGAGGCUGUAGCCUAUGGUGCUGCAGUUCAGGCUGCAAUCCUAAGUGGUGAGGACAAUGAGAAGGUCCAAGACCUUCUAUUGCUCGAUGUCACGCCUCGGUCCCUUGGUUUGGAGACACCUGGUGGCGUCAUGACUAUAUUGAUUCCAAGGAACACGACCAUCCCCAUCAAUAAAGAGCAGAUGUUUUCCACCUAUUCCGAUAAUCAGCCCGGAGUCUUGAUUCAGGUCUAUGAGGGUGAGCGAACUAGAAUCCUUGACAACAAUUUGCUAGGCAAAUUUGAAUUAUCUGGCAUUCCUCCUGCUCCUAGGGGUGUUCCACAAAUCAAUGUCCGCUUUGACAUUGAUGCCAAUGGUAUUCUGAAUGUCUUUGUCGAGGAUAAAACAACUGGACAGAAGAACAAGAUUACUGUCACUAAUGACAAGGGCAGGCUUUCCAGAGAGGAGAUUGAGGAGAUGGUCCAAGAGGCAGAGAAAUGCAAGUAUGAGGAUAAGGAACACAGAAAGAAGGUUGAGGCCAAGAAUGCACCGGAGAACUAUGCUUACAUGAGAUUUAGAGAUGAGAAGAUAAGUGCAAAGCCAGCAAUCGGAAUUGAUCUAGGAACGACUUACUCCUGUGUGGGAAUUUGGCAACAUGAUCACGUUGAGAUCAUAGCUAAUGACCAGGGUAAUAGAACAACACCAUCUUUUGUCGCAUUCACUAAUACUGAACGUUUGAUAGGAGACGCUGCUAAGAAUCAGGUCUCUAAGAAUCCAACAAACACUGUUUUUGAUGCUAAGAGAUUGAUUGGAAGGCGAUACAGCGAUGCAUCGGUGCAAAGAGACAUGAAACUAUGGCCUUUUAAGGUCAUUGCUGGCCUUGGUGACAGACCCAUGAUUAUUGUGACAUACAAGGGUGAAGAGAAGCAAUUCUCCUCUGAGGAAAUCUCUUCAAUGGUCCUCAUGAAAAUGCGAGAGAUUGCUGAGUCGUACCUUGAAACCACUAUAAAGAAUGCUGUUGUUACUGUUCCUGCUUAUUUCAAUGACUCGCAGCGUCAAGCUACAAUAGACGCUGGUGUCAUUGCUGGCCUAAAUGUAAUGUGUAUUAUAAAUGAGCCCACUGCAGCUGCUAUUGUUUAUGGGCUUGACAAGAAAGCUAGUAGUUUUGGUAAGAAGAAUGUGCUUAUAUUUGAUCUAGGUGGUGGCACUUUUGAUGUUUCUCUUCUUGCCAUUGAAAAGGGUACUUUUGAGGUGAAAUCCACAGCUGGAGAUGCCCAUUUAGGAGGGGAAGAUUUUGACAAUAGGAUGGUGAACCACUUCAUUAAGGAGUUUAAGAGGAGGCAUAAGAAGGAUAUUAGUGGUAACCCAAGAGCAUUGAGGAGGUUAAGGACUGCUUGUGAAAGGGCCAAGAGGACUCUGUCAUCCAUUGCUCGAACUACAAUUGAGAUUGAUUUCCUUUAUGAGCAUAUUGAUUUUUAUUCAACUAUUACCCGAGCUAGAUUUGAAGAACUUAACAUGGAUUUAUUUAGGAAGUGUAUGGAACCUGUGAAGAAGUGCUUGAGUGAUGCAAAGAUGGACAAAACCAGUGUCCAUGAUGUGGUUCUCGUUGGUGGGUCUACUAGGAUUCCUAAGGUUCAACAAUUGUUGCAGAAUUUCUUCAAUGGUAAAGAGCUGUACAAGAGCAUUAACCCUGAUGAGGCUGUAGCCCAUGGUGCUGCAGUCCAGGCUGCAAUCCUGAGUGGCAAGGGUAAUGAGAUGGUCAAGGACCUUCUAUUGCUCGAUGUCACUCCUCGGUCCCUUGGUUUGGGGACAACUGGUGACAUUAUGACCGUAUUGAUUCCAAGGAACAUGACCAUCCCCAUCAAGAAAGAGCAAGUGCUUUCCACCGAUUCUGAUAAUCAGCUUGGUGUGUUGAUUCAGGUCUAUGAGUGUGAGCGAAAUAGAACCGGUGAGAACAAUUUGCUAGGCAAUUUUGAAUUAUCUGGCAUUCCCCCUGCUCCUAGGGGUGUUCCACGAAUCCAUGUCUGCUUUGACAUUGAUGCCAAUGGUAUUCUGAAUGUCUUUGCCGAGGAUAAAACAACAGGACAGAAGAAUAAGAUUACUGUCAUUGAUGACAAGGGCAGGCUUUCCGGAGAGGAGAUUGAGAAGAUGGUACAAAAGGCAGAGAAAUACAAGUAUGAGGAUGAGGAACACAGAAAGAAGGUCAAGGCCAAGAAUGCACUGGACUACUAUGCUUACAACAUGAGAUUUAGAGAUGAGAAGAUAAGUGCAAAACUCUCUGCUGCUGAUAAGAAGAAAAUUGAAGAUGCAAUUGAGUCGGCCAUUCAGUGGCUUUGUGGGAAUCAACUCGCUGAGGCAGAUGAAUUUAAAGACAAGAUGAAAGAAUUGGAAAGCAUUUGCAACCCAAUCCAAGAUGUACCAAGCACUAGCCGAGACAUGGGCAGAGUAAUAGAUGAGGAUGGUCCUUCUAUGGGUGCUAGAAGUGGCAUUGCUUUUAUUGAGGAUGUGGAUUAAGAAGUGGGGUGGAUACUUUUCCAAGGCUUAGAUGGGUUAAUGUCUUUUUCUUAACCUACCGUUUGUUAUGAUAUAAUAUGAUAAUUGAGGUUUAAAGAUGAUAUAUGAGAUGGAGUUUCAAUGUUUAA